AUGGCCCGAGUGCUCUCAGAAACCUCACAAUUCCGGCAGCAAUCGCAGCCCAAGACCGACUAUGAGCGAUGGCUUGAAGAAGAACAUCAAGGCUACUCGCUCGCAGAAAAUCCAGGGCAUCGUCCAGCUGUUCCCGCAAUGGAGGACCGGAAUCCUGUAUUUCACCGUGUUCUAAAUGACAGUCCGCGUAAAAAGAUUCAUGAUGCACACUCAAGCGCCAUGCCUCGACCAGUUGACCGACCUCACGGCGGGUUUCUAGCUAGGCCAAGCACAACGUCGCAUGCUCCACUGAAAGACGUUAUUACUGAGGCUCUUCAAGAGCAUUGUCUCUACCAGUGGGCACUAUUACUCGCCCUGUUUAUUGCUCUUAUAUACGGUGUAAAAACCCUUAAAAAGCGACAUCGCCGUGCAAUUACCCUGCCGAUUUCUGAGUCAGCCGAGAGUAUCUCAACUGUCAUCAAUGCGAAAAUGCAACUGGUCUGA